AUAGCUGCUAGUUAGCUAGCCAAUUACAGGCGAACGGGGAAAAUGGCUUAGCGUGGUCCCCCCACAUCACAUCGACAAUCAUAUAGCUGUACUUUUUUUGUUUGUUGAUACAUACGAUUUACGUUUUUAGUAUACCUUGCAAACCUACUUGAUUCAUGCAAACUCUCGUUUUGUUGGAUUUAGCAGGCUCAUUCGAACAUCUUUUGACACCAACACGGCUCAGCUCAACCGGUGCAGGUACAGCAGCGGACCGGGAGAAACAUGGUAGUUCCGCACAGCUCCAGUGCGGUGCAACCAGCAGACAAUGACUGUGCCGAGGGUCUUGUGAAGCCCUCCCAGCCGAGCUACGAGGAGGAGCAGGAGCUAGCAGGGGUGGAGUUGGAGGAGGUACGUAAGCUCCAGGAACUCAUUCGAAGACUUGAGGUCCAGAAUCAAACACUCCGCAACAGGGGAGGCAGUAAGAAUCUACAUCUCAGAGGGACCACCACAAACAACAGUAACUUCAAAACCAGUACCAACAUCAAUGAGAUAAUCUCCUCCUGUGAAGGAGUGAUCAACACCAACUCCUCUCUCAGGUUGGGGAGCAGUGGAAGCUGUGGAACGGAACUAGGCAGCAGCAGUAGUGACUUGGAGCUGUCCCCUCCUCAGGACAGCAGUAGUGACUUGGAGCUGUCCCCUCCUCAGGACAGUAGUAGCAGUGAGGAUAUGUCCCAGCUCCCUGUAGUUAACCGGGAAGAGGAGGAUGGUGGACUGUGUGCAGGCUUUCUGACCCUGCCGUGCGGGAACGGACCAGGACCGGCGCAGACACAGGGGCUAAGCACAACCCCAGAGAGUCCCUCUUUGGACAGUUAUGAGUCUGAGACCCUGGCGGAGAGCGACUCGGGGGUGGACCAGUUGGCUCUGGAUGAAGUGGAUGUUCUGGACCUAUGGGAGGACCUUGCAGAGGUGGAUGACGAGGACAGCUGGUUGUAUGUCUCCCCUAUGAAGCAGGUAGUUGCCGAGCCCAGACCUGAGUCUCCUCUGAAGUGGUGCCGGAAGGUUCUGGACCACCCCAGCCCAGAGACGGAGGUGGCCUGUCGCACCCUGCUCAACCGUCUCGACCAGACAUCUCGCUGGAGGAACAUCUACAGCAGCUCUGGUCAGAUGGGGGAGGCUGGCUCCUCUGGCCUCCUCUCUCCUGGGUACCACAACAAAUCCACUAACAAAACCCUACUGGCCAGUGGUGGCUCAGGCUACGUGAGUGUGCACUCUGCUCUGAGUUCCCAGUCUUCUGUAGACAGUGAGCUGAGUACCUCAGACGACUCCAUCACCAUGGGUUACAAGCUACAGGACCUCACUGACGUCCAGAUCAUGGCCCGCCUACAGGAAGAGAGUCUGAGACAGGACUAUGCCUCCAGCUCUGCCUCAGUGUCUCGUCGUAGUUCCUCUGCCUCCCUCCAGUCUCUACGUCGGGGUGGGACCUACAGCGACCAGGAGUUUGAUACCUACAGCCUGGAGGAUGAGGAGGAUGAGUGCUGCUCUCUGCCCCAGCGACGCCUCCGCUACUCCCCCUCUCCCCUGGGCUCGCCCCGCUGCCUCUCCCCCUCACCAGGCUCCCAGGGCCAGGCAGAGUACAGCAGGCUGGGGGCCCCCCGACAACGUGUUCCACGGCGAUCGCUACAGGGGCCCGGGCCCGAGCUGCUAAAGUUCGCCAAGACCGAGGAAGAGGUGAGGCACAGCAUGCCUAACCUGGCCCCCCGCACCAGCCUGCGUUCCCUGGAGGCGGUCAGGAACAGUCGCAGCAUGGAGGCUAACCUCCAGAGCUCUGGUAACCGUAUAUCCCACCUGCCCCCCUCCUCAGGUAUGUCAUCCAGUCAGAUGCGAGGCAGUGGCCAGUCCCAUCUGUCCAUGCGGGUCCCUGUCAAAGCCAUGGGCUCCAUGCCGGGGGCCCGCCAGCCCUACAGGGGCCUGCCUGUAGUCCAGAGUGGACCCAAUGGAGGGGUACGGAGGGUCCAGUCCACAGGGCCUGCCAAUGGGGGAGCCUACCCAGCCGGGAGAGCCUCUACUGGGGGUGGAAGGCAAGCAGCAACCCCAUCCUCAAGGAGUAGACUGGCCCAUCCACAUAGAAGGUCUAUGGGGAUGACUAGAACGAAUGGCCCAAUCUCAAAUGAGUCGUGGCGAGACGGCUGCUACUGAGGCAACAAGGAAACUUCCUCCACCUCACGUUUUUAUAUAAACACCAACUUAAUUGCCUCUGAACGUACCCCUGUAGGCAACACCAACUUACUUGUCUCUGACCAUACCGCUGGCCUAUGAACAUACCUCUGUAGGCGGGACCACUGUAGAUGAACAGAGCUUCCCUGGCAUGCAGAACACUCUCACCCCACAGAUACACUGGAGACGGUACCUGGACAGAGCUUCCCUGGCAUGGAGAACCCUAUCACCCCACAGAUACACUGGAGACAGGACCUAGACAGAGCUUCCCUGGCAUGGAGAACCCUAUCACCCCACAGAUACACUGGAGACGGUACCUGGACAGAGCUUCCCUGGCAUGGAGAACCCUAUCACCCCACAGAUACACUGGAGACGGUACCUAGACAGAGCUUCCCUGGCAUGGAGAACCCUAUCACCCCACAGAUACACUGGAGACAGGACCUAGACAGAGCUUCCAGAGUACAGAAGAUGUUGUUUUAUAACAUUCCAAUUCCAGUCUAUAUUUUAUGAUAGUUGAGAGAAGACAAAGGGUUGUUAAUUUGUUUACGUUCUGUAGAUUUACAAAUUAUUGAAGACUUUGGAUGGACUGUUUUUUUCUAUUGUGUGUGUGUGAAGUUGAACUCUGAUAUUUAAGGUGAUCACAUCUGUUACUUGGGUGUUGCAUGAUGUUUUUGUUUAGUUUUCUUUUCUCGGAGGACAAAGAAAUUAGUUUGUUAUAUAAUAGCCUUAUAAAUAAUACGUCUGUUCUUCUAAGGAACACCCUCAUGUUGAUGCGUGUGGGAAGUUUUUUUUAAUGUUUGUGGGAUUGGUUGUGAUUCCUGUAUAAUUGUGUUUUGCCGAUUUAAUGCAACAGCUCUGGACCACACUGCCCUUCCAUCAAGACCCCCCCCUUAAGAACAUAAAAUAAAAGUUAUGGUUGGGAUAAGUUUGUUGUGCCAAGGUGCAUAUCUGUUGCUGCAGCAUCGUUUCUACAAAUCCAACAAACUACUACUUGUAGAUGAGAUGCUGUAAUACAUUGAUUUACCACAGUUGUUUUUACUGCAUAUCGGUUGGUGAAUCUGAGUGUUGGGUUUUUUAAUGCCGCUGUACUAAUAAAACAAACUGUUGAUGCACGAAGUAAAGGCCUUUAUGCUCUUUCUAAGAGACAACCAGCUAUGCACCCUCAUGCGGAGUGCCUCUGAAAAUCAGGAACUGUAAUGAAAAUGAAGAAUAAAACCUACCCAGAACUUGAAUAUUUACUCUGCUGCUUGUGUAGAUGCUCUUCCUCUGCACGCACUAGAUAUUGAUGUGCUGUAGGCUGGAACAUUCUGGUAAAUAAAAAAUUCUGUUCUGAUUUUGAAACUCAA